AUGCCGGAAGCCCAGACGCCAAGUCCAGCGAACCAGGCGAUCUCUCCGGCCUCUCCAACUGUUGCCGCGGGAGAGGAGGCCGUCGUCCAUGGCCUAGAGGUGACUCGCCUCACGCAAUGUGCGCACUGGCACUCGAGUCGCGAUAUCAUCGCCAUCAGACACAAGUGCUGCGGCCGCUACUACGCCUGCAUCAGCUGCCACGAGGCUCUUGCCCAGCAUGAGCCUGCUGUCUGGCCCAGGAACGAGCGAGAUGCCAAGGCCAUUCUUUGCGGCAAUUGUCGUGGCGAGUUGAGCAUUGAUGAGUAUCUGUCUAGCGGCUCAACCUGUCCUACCUGCAAAGCUGCCUUCAACCCUGGAUGCGCAAAUCACUAUGACCUCUAUUUUGAAACGGACCGACAUCCUGAUCUGAAGUGCCGUAGUUCGACUCUCACCUUCAUCAUAACCAUAGCAACCAACACCAGAACCAUAACCACACCCACUACCACCAUCACCAACACACCCACCAUCUGCCCAGCCAUCACUAUGGCCACAAUGCACACGAUCACCACUGCCACCACCCUCAUUCUCCCCAAAGGCCUAACAAGCCCCAUCAUCCCCCUCAGCCCAAUCAUCCUCCUCAGCCCAAUCAUCCUCCUCAGCCCCAUCAUCCUCCUCAGCCCCAUCAUCCUCCUCAGCCUCAUCCCCCACCACCGCCUGAUGACUCUUCCUCUGGGCCAGGGAUUGGUCUUCCUCCCCCGCCGUACUCUCAAAGCUAUGGGACAAUGA